CGGGUCCGGGAGUGCCCUCCCUGCCGGGCACCGACCCCGCGGGCUCCCGGAGGCAGCGCCCCAGGAGAAGUUGGAUUUGCAGCAGGGAAGGAGCUGAUCCAGGAAGAGCUUCUUUUCUCCAGGAACGGUGACUCCAAGGGGUGGAAGAUGCUGGAUAAGGCCACCCUGCUCCUGUUCCUGCACUUGGUCACAUGCUCCAUCUCCUCCCCUCUCUACCCAGCUCUCAGGUUGGGUCCAGGGCCGGUUGCUGGCAAGGCCAUGAGCUUCCAGCUGCAGCACAGCAGCUCCCUGCAGAGCCACAGCCCCCUGGCACAGGAGCAGGAGGAGGAGGGCUUGUUAACAGACCCCACUGAGAAAAGGAUGCAGCGCCACGCUGACGCCAUAUUCACUGACAACUACAGGAAAUUCCUGGGGCAGAUUUCAGCCCGAAAAUUCCUCCAGACCAUCAUUGGCAAGAGGCUUGGAAGCAGCGAGAGCAGCCCAGGGGAAGGGGUGCAGGAGUUCCUGAGCAGGCGCCAGUCCGACAGCAUCCUGAUGGACAGCCAGUACCAGCAGCACAUGGUGCUGAGGGACUUCCUGGGAGCCAUCCUGCAGAGCCAAAGGCCUCAGGACAUUGACAGCAGUGGGCUGGAAGGCUUUCCCAGCUCCCUGGCCAAGCUCAUGUAAAUACUUCUCCCUUUUCCACCUCCCCGUGCUCUGAAUAAUUCAGAGCUCAUGGACCAAACUGUACAGUGAGCCCUUCAUGGCAGUGAAGACACUCCCAGAUGUGAGCAGCUGGAAACUGAUGCAUACACUCCUCAGAUCUGAUCAAAGGAAUGCAGUGCUGAAGCACUACUUAAUUUACUCCAGCCUUUACAAUUUAACUCCCCUCUUGAAAUACUGCUCUGCAUUAAAUCAGAAAAAAAAAACCACCUCUGUGGUUUAACCUCAGGCUGCUUUACACAGAGACUAAAACAAGCAACACACUUGUAAUCCUGAGGAUAUUCUGUCUGCUAAUUAAGGUUUCAAAUCACAAAGUGUGGCAAAAUUUCUGCCAAGUCAUCUUUCUGUUUGAGGGCCUGAUUAAUAAAUAUGAGGCCACCAAAAGGCACCUUUAGGCAACUUAGCAAAUUGAUUACAGUGUUCUCUAAAUUGAUGCUGAUGGCACAACCACACACAGCACGGAUCAGGGUGAGGUGAGAGAUGAAUCCACACAUCUCCCAUUCAUGGGGAACACUGCCCAGGGCUGCUGCUGCCUGACACAGAAUGAACUCUGAAAUGCUCAGCUAGGGUUCCUGCUCAGCCUUGAGGAGUUCAAGCUGAAGGUACAGCCCUGCCAGAACUAAGGGAGAUCCCUGUGCAUCAGAUUGGGCUCUCACUGUUUUAACUCAAACCUCCUGUUGAGUGCCAUCCCCUGCCUCUGAAUCCACCGUGGCUACAGUUACAGCUGUAAAUGUUUUAAAAGGAGUAAGUUAUUAGCCCAGUGAUCUCAUACAGCUCCUUGCUCCCUCUCACCCCAAUCCCCCUGUUGUUUGUGUAAUAGUUAUGUUUUCAGAAAUGUAAAUAACACCGGGAUGGGGUCUGCUCUCCCAUCAGCAGCAGGAAAUAAGAGUCGUUGUAAAUAAACCUGUCCAACAGCAGGUCAAGAUGGCUCUUUUGUUGAGACCUUCUCUUGGUUCUGGGCCCAGAAUGGAAGAUGCUCCUCAGAGACAGCUGUCAAGAGCACCAAGGAUGACUCAAAACUGGGCUAAUGCAGGCACCAGCUCCAGUACCAAUAACAACACCAGGCUGGAAACACAGUGAUGUAUAAAUGUGUGUUAAGGCAUUUGAAAUCUUCCCUCCUUGCACUCCAACAAUUCCUUGUUAGUCUGCUGUAGUUACCAUCACCAGGUGCCAUGUUUUAGGAUAGCAGGCUCCAGUGUGCAUGGAAAUGAUUUCAUCCUUGCACCAACUCCCUGCCUGGUACAGCCUGUUCAGGUUUUACAAUUCCAGCUCCAGGGAAGUGUCACAAACCCCCCAGCAGGAUGGGGAACACUGAGAGGAUGCUGAGGGAGAGCAGUGAAGCUGUGACAGCAGCAGGAGCACUGAUGGAUAACUGCUACCCUUGCAGGGGCAGGCAGCUGCCAGAGCCAUCCUUCUGCUCCACAGUGCAGGAGUACACAAAGGAAGAAUCACCUGAGUAGCCUGGUUCAAAAUGGGGUUGUAAACCUGUUCUGUAACAACACACCCAAAGCCAUUAGGACUUACUCCCUCCAAGGAAAGGAAUUACAAAAAAUGAAGAUUCCUAAAGCAGUGAGUAGACAUAGUAGCAAAAUGAAUUUAA